UUUAAUAAUCAAGUUGAUAAUGAAAACAUUGAAAACAAUAAUAAUCUAGUAUAAACAUUUCGUAUUCCGUACUCCGGGUUUUUACAUUUCUUAUUGGGUAAUUAUUUUUUUUUAUCUCUAUAAGAUAAUAGUAAUAAACAAAUAAAAUUGCACAGUUGGAAUCAUAGACCCAUAGGUCUAUGGUUGGAAUAACCGGAAAAAGCAAAAAAAGCAUUUACAUAAAAUAAAGCCGGAUGCCGAAAAAAGUAAAAACAAAUUGGUUAAUAUGGAAUCAGAAUGAUGUAAAACGAAUUUAUGUAUAAAAAUUAGAUUUCUAUCUCAUUUAUAAAAAAAACCAUAGGUAUGCUUAAAAAUCCGAGUCUUACAAAUAAGUAAUAUAUUUAUUAUAAAUUUAAAGAUUUCUUUACAUACUUACAGUUAUGUAUAAAUAGGUACCUACCUAUUAAACAAUUAUUUGACUCUAAAGUAAAAAUAAGUACCUACUUAUUUUUCACCUCGAUAUUUCAAUAAGAAAUUAGUCCAUUUGAAUCAGACAGUCACACGUCGUCUUUUUAGCGGAAUAUAUUAAUUAUUAUGAAUGGUGAUUUGCGGUAAAUUAUAUGAUGAAAUAGAUUCAUCUAUUUUGGGAUUCCACCAUAAAAAAGAGAUCAGUUAUCAGCAGAUAUCAACGAUACUCGGGCAAUUACCUUAGAUCAUAUUUUAUAUGCAAAGUGGAUAUUAUAUCCACCUUCAUUAUAUAAUCUAAUGCAAUUACAUAGAUAUUGUAGGUAUGUUGAUAAAAUAAAAUAUUAUUAAAAUAAAACUAAAAAUAGAUGUCACAUAAACAGCUGGUAAUGGGUAUAAUAAUUAAUAACAAUAAUAACCAAUAUGAUAAUAAUUCCAGUCAAUCAAAACAAUGUUAAACAUUUAUGGUGGUCUAAGUCAUCAGAUUUUUCAUCAAGUCAUCAGAAAAUUAUCAAAUUAUUUUUUAGUUUUUACUUAAAUUAUUAUUACCUAUAUUGGCAUUGUUGUGUCGAUAGAUUUCAUGACUUCAUGUUACAGUUAUCCAUCGUCAUAAAUAACAUACUUGUCGUGUCAAACCCGCUUAUAGUUAAUUCUUUAAGUACUUUAUAUAAUAUAUUUGAUUAAUUGUCCUAGAAAUAAGUUGAUCCAAAAUGCCACGAACCAAAGGAAGAAAAGUUAAGCGUUCGGCUGUUGAAACGAACUUGACUGCUGUGAAUGCGACUAUGGAACAAAUUAUUGAAAAUUAUUUUUUUGCCAUAAUUGAAAACUAUAGAAAUUUAAUUGAAAAUUCAUUUUUAAUGACAAAAAUGAAUAUUGGUGACAUAUUACAUAAUAAUCUCUAUGACAUGAUUUUUAAACAAUAUACUAUAAAAUUCAACUGUGUAACUAAAAAACAUCUGGAACAACCUUCAAGACCUGUUACCAAAGGCACAGUAAAUAGAACAAUCAAACAAACAAAUGUAUCUACUUCGGUAUUGAAGAUCCAUGGUUCUUUUGCUUCUACAAAAGUAGUAAAAUUCUGCAGUGCCACACAAUAUAUCGACGAUGAUCUACCACUAUCAACAGAAAUAAUAGAAUCUAAAUUUAAAACUCCAAUUAAUCAACCACUUCUAUCUUCAGCAACAGUUACACCAAAAGUAAAUAUGAAUGAACCUAUGUCGAUGAUGAGGCGUCCAAAUCAAGGAGAAAUUGCACUUUCAAUGACAGGAAGUCCACUUAUGAUUUCAUCAGUUUCUAGAGAUGACAUGGCUACAAUCAGUGUACCAUUAGCCAAUGGAAAUGUUCUUUCAAUAUUACCUAGAGUUGGUUCUACUAUGGACGUAUCAUUUGAUGAGCAAACUAAAAGUGAAUUACUUCUUCUUAAGAAAAAUAUUGAAGGGCUAUUGAAAAUUAAUGAAAGUGUAUGAAUUUACAAAAAACAUACAUUUUAUAUUAAUCCAGAACAAAACUUUUAAAAUUAUGUAGUAAUAAAUAGGUGCUUGUUAUUCUUAUUUGAUAUACUAUGUAUGUUAUGUUUAAUUUUAACUUUUAAAUUUAUUGUAAAAAAAAUAUUAUAUUAAUUAAGUGUGUUUAUAAAAUUUAAAACAAAAUCCAGUAUAGUUUAAACUUACCUAAAGUAAUAA